UGCUGUUUUGGUCAUGUUUCCAAAAUGUUUCCAACCAAAUCUUGCAUUUAGUUUUUCAAUGAGUUUUAUUUUGUCUUUUAUAAUUUAAUUUGAUGACGAUUUCGGUUUUUCAAUCAUUACCAUCAUGACUUGGGUCCGUCUUCUACUUUUUUUUACAUUUUGUUUGAGUUGUUGUACAUGCAUUGAGCCAGUAUCUACAGGUGUCUAUUUUGGAGUUACUGCUGCCUCAGCUUCUAUCUAUGCUGCAACAUCUUUUAUGUAUUGUGUUGUAUCUGAAUGUUGUAAUCAGGAAAAGUCAGCAAUUAUUGCCAAAAAUUGGAUUAAAUACGAUGCUGAAGAUAAACUGAGAAAUGAUUUUAAAAAAAAACUUCACGGCCAACAUUUAGUUGAAUCUAUAGUGAUUAAAGCUAUAACCAAGCAUAUGAAAGAUUCGCAGCCUCGAAAAGCUCUUGUGUUUUCUUUUCAUGGUUGGACUGGCGGUGGAAAAAACUUCGUAUCUUACUUAAUCGCUCGUAAUCUCUACCACGAAGGUUUGAAAAGUAAAUUUGUACAUGUUAUCAGCGCGACAGAAAAAUUCCCCGAUCCAACCAAAUCGAAUGAAUACAAGAUUCAACUUAUGAAAUUUGUUAAAGAACAAUUAUCACAAUGUGGCAGACAGUUGUUCAUUUUCGACGAAAUAGACAAAGUACCUGGCGGAGUCAUUGAUGCACUUGCACCGUUUUUAGAAUAUUCAGUGGUUUCCAAAGAACAGAACAAAGCUAUAUUUAUCUUUUUAAGUAACACUGGAGGAGGCGAAAUAGCCCGCGUUACCUACAGUUUUUAUUACAAUGGCAUGAAUCGUGAGGACAUUGGUCUUCAAGAUAUUGAAUCCCUUAUUGAUUUACAUGCAUUUAAUGAAGAGGGAGGAUUGAAGAAAAGCUCGUUAAUUCACAAAAAUUUAAUCGACUUUUUUAUUCCAUUUCUUCCUUUGGAAAAAAUACAUGUACAAAGUUGUAUAGUUGAUUAUCUACAAGAAAAGUACAAUAUAACAAGAGAUGUUAAUGAUAAAUUUGUGGUUAAGAUUGCCAACCAGCUCGAUUAUUUUCCUCAGGAUUCAAAAGUGUAUUCAAAAUCUGGUUGCAAGAAAGUAGCCCGUAAAGUUGAUCAAGCAGUGGAUUGAAGAGUAAUCUGUACUCGAGCAUUUUUCAACAAUUCGUUUGCCAUUUUAACUCUUUGUACAAAUUAAUCUAUUUUAAACCAAUUCUCAUCACUGUAAACACUUUUGAUCAUGUCUUGAUCACGUCCGACAAAAUUGGCUCUGUGAUAUGAUUACUAUUUUUUUCUAAUCUGCUGUUUACCCGUAUUACGGCUGUUAAUAUAAUAUGGAAUUGGAAUCUAGUCCAUGGAAUCCAGUUAAUCUCUGAAUAUAAAGUAUCAUUUAUGAUAUAAAAUCGCGAUGCUCUUAUUUCUAUUUUCACAAAGUGACAUCUCAAAUUUAUUCAAUCUACCGGUCAUCUUGAAUUUAAUUUGAAUUUCUGGUAACGUGUUCAUGAUUAAUAUAAAGUAAUUGCGGGAACGACACCGGCAAUCGCAUUAAAGAUCACUAUCUUGAA